AUGAAAAUUUUCAGAAUUGUAUUUGCUUUGGCAUUGGCCUGUUUGGCUAAGGUUGAAGCAAGUCCUUGUGGUGGCACAUGUGGUGGAUAUCCAUACCUUCCAGAUCUAUGUUUCGCGUCACCACCACUACCACCACCAUGUCCACUACCACUUCCACUUCCAUGCUUACCACUACCUCCACCACCAUGUUUACCAUUACCUCCAUGCCCAAUUCCACUUCCACUCCCAUGCUUACCACCACCACCGCCACCUUGUUUACCACUACCUCCAUGCCCACUACCACCACCACCACCAUGUUUACCAUUACCUCCAUGCCCAAUUCCACUUCCACUCCCAUGCUUACCACCACCACCGCCACCUUGUUUACCACUACCUCCAUGCCCACUACCAAUUCCACCACCAUGUUUACCAUUGCCUCCAUGCCCACUUCCACUCCCAUGCUUACCACCACCACCACCACCAUGUUUACCAUUACCUCCAUGCCCAAUUCCACUUCCACUCCCAUGCUUACCACCACCACCGCCACCUUGUCCACUCCCAUGCUUACCACCACCACCACCACCUUGUUUACCACUACCUCCAUGCCCACUACCAAUUCCACCACCAUGUUUACCAUUACCUCCGUGCCCACCACCACUCCCACUCCCUUGUUUGCCACCUCCAUGUUUACCACCUCCAACGUUGUUACCAGUACCUCUGUGCUCUUUACCUUGUUUCUCUAUUCCACCAUUAUGUCCACCUUGUGCACCUUCUCUACCAUUAUGA